AUGUGGAUGUUACUAGCGUUAGCGUGUGUGAGUGCAGCGAUGGCUGUGGCGGUGCCUAUUGAAUAUGGUGGGGUAUUUGCUCAUGCAGCUCCUGUUCUGCAUGCUGCCCCAGUCGUACACGCAGCACCGUUAGUUCAUGCUCCUAUAGCUCAUGCACCUAUUAUACAGGCGGAACCAGUUUCUUAUCCCAAGUAUGCGUUUAACUACGGAGUGAAAGAUCCACACACUGGAGAUGUGAAGUCGCAACAUGAAGAGCGUGAUGGUGACGUGGUUAAAGGCAGUUAUUCGCUAGUGGAACCGGACGGAUCUACAAGAACGGUGUCUUAUUCUGCUGACGAUCAUAACGGAUUCAACGCAGUCGUGCACAAGUCAGGACAUGCUGUUCAUCCGCAAGUGGUACAUGCUGCACCUGUUGCUCACUACGCGGCGGCCCCGAUAGCGCACUAUGCCCACGGGCCGAUUGCCUCCUACGGACUGCACUAG